CGUCGCAGAACAACAAAGAUGGCAGGAAUAGGAAGCAGCAACUACUGGGAAGAUCUGCGAAAGCAGGCUAGACAGCUGGAGAAUGAACUUGACCUGAAGUUGGUCUCCUUCAGUAAAUUGUGCACUAGCUACAGCAGCUCCAGGGAUGGACGCCGAGGAGACACGUCAGACACCACCCCCCUGCUAAACAACUCUACUCAGGACAGGAUGUUUGACACCAUGUCAGUGGAGAUUGAACAGCUGCUGGCCAAAUUGACUGCAGUGAAUGACAAGAUGGCCGAGUACACCAAUGCUCCAGGAACAGCUUCUCUCAAUGCUGCACUCAUGCAUACACUUCAGAGACACAGAGACAUCCUUCAGGAUUACACACAUGAAUUCCACAAAACCAAAGGCAACUUCUUGGCCAUUCGGGAGAGGGAAGACCUGCUAGGGUCCGUCAGAAAAGACAUUGAGACAUAUAAGAGUGGCUCCGGGGUUAACAACAGAAGAACAGAGAUGUUUCUAAAGGAGCAUGAGCACUUGAGAAAUUCGGACCGACUGAUGGAUGACACAAUAAGUAUUGCCAUGGCGACCAAGGAGAACAUGACCUCCCAAAGGGGCAUGCUAAAAUCCAUACAGAGCAGGGUCAAUACACUGGCCAACCGUUUCCCAACUAUUAACAAUCUCAUCCAGCGAAUCAACCUGCGGAAGAGACGGGACUCCCUCAUCCUUGGCACAGUGAUCGGCGUCUGCACCAUUCUCCUCCUCCUCUACGCUUUUCACUGAAAGCCAGGCCCGGUGAAAUCUCUGAAGGAGCAGGAUUGAUCUAGCUUGGGAGCCCCAGGAGACUGAGCUCAGUGAUAGGAGGAGCCUGGAGGCCCCUGAGCAGGAGAACUUUCAGUUGGUCCAGUUCUGGGACAGGAACAAAUUUGGCCAACAUGAACUACUGAACUUGUAUCUAGCAGUGGGACAGAUGGAGGGCUGGUGGUUGGGUGCUCUUCUGCCAACAAGGGAAUGGAGACCAAAAGUACAGAUAAGACUAGAUUUUAAAAAAUUAUAUUGAUAACUCUUGAAGAGAAACUCUGUGAAAGUGUGAAGAGACUGUGUGAUGCAUAAUUCUUUUUCACAGGUGGAAGGAUUUUUAGUUGAAUGGUCCUUUUUAAUUAAUCGUGUGGGAUGGAUAUUUCAUUGUGGGCUGUAAAAUGUGAAUUAAUAAAUUAUUCAUAUCAGUAUGUGCAAAAAAGUGUCUGACACUAUUAGAUACGCAACAUUUAAAACAUUUUAUUUUUCAAAAUAUAUGAUUUGAACUCUUGAGCCCCCUCAUUUUUGAGUGAGUUUAACUACAGAUGCCACAGCAGUGCUCUUAAAAAUUAUUUUUUAUUUUAAAACAUGCCCUGAAGCCACUUUCUUUAUUUCCCUUUUUUAAAGUGGUUGUGAGGCAUUUUAUACCUCUAGUAUGGAGUUGAACAUGAGAGGGAGAGAUGGGGAAUACCAUGAAACAAAUGUCCUUGGCCAGAUUUGAACCAUAGAUGUUGUGGUUCAUGGUCAGCACCUUAAACUUUUAGGUCACCAAGGUGUCCCACUCCCACUAAAAUUACAUUUACUUGAUUUUAAAUUGAUUAAUUACUAAUGUAAUUUUUCAAACAAAAAUUCCCUAGUGUGGAAAUUUGCUAGCUUUCCUUUCCUAAAAUACAGUAAACUGAAUAUCUCUGGGUUUUGCACUGCUAGUGGACAAAUAAACUAUUUGGAUAUCUCAUAAAGGGUUCUGGGAAAUUAUUAUUAUCGACAAUUGGUCGAUCAUUCAACAAAAAUAAUAAGAUAAAGAAAUAAGAAAAACGUUAGUUGCUAUAUCCAUUCAUAUCAGCAUUUGCAAUUACAUACUUCUUGGAUUUCACAAAAUACAUCUCUCUUCAAUAAGCAGUUAUAGAAUAUGUCAAAGUAUUAGAUAGAGGGCUGCUACAAUACUUUGCUUUUCAGUUUGCCUUUCUUCUUGGUUUGGUCACUUUUCCAACAGGCUCCAUCAGUUCUACACACAUGCAGACUGUUGAGUCACUGUAAAGAGUGGUUAUGGAAAAUGACACUUUGCGCUGCUUUGAUAAUGCACUUUUCCCAGUAUAGUGUGCCUGGCAGAAUGGACCUCUUUUUGAUUUCAGUCCACCUGAAAAACACGGUGACAUGUGCAGUUGAAGCUGUGAACUAAAGCAUUCACCCGAGAAGGAAGUGAUCGCAGACAGGCUUAGAGCUGUUAGAUUAAAGUCUUACUUUGUUGGUUGGGCUGUAAGGAAUGUGAAAGCAAGGCAGCUGUGUGAGAACCAUCAAUGUGUUUUUGUCUCACAGCUCCAGGCUGCUACUUGACUGGAAUCCAAAUAAAACGGUCUCACUUCAAUGGACUGAAGAGGAUAAAUUUGGUUUCUUGUCCUCAUUCCUUCUGUUUGAAGCCUUGCUCACAAAGAAAGACUGAAAGUAUAGAAAACUUGGCAGUUUUGUGUAAAAUGUUCAUCCGCCAUUUUUAAAGGAAGAGUCUUUUCUCUGUUUUCCAGCAGUCAGACAACAGUUGUCAUCUUUCCCUGAAUAUCUUACUUCCUUUAGGAGGGAAACCCUGUGCUGAAGUCUAAAUUUGGUUCAGACAUGUACACGCUGUCAGUAGACUGCAGGGGUGCUGAUGCAUUCAAGUCUUGAAUAUUUCAGCCACUCAAACUGUGCGGCACCCAAGCAGAACUAAGCACCACAUCCUCUCACUUAUACGAGCCGUGCUACAGUAACUUUUGACAAGCACAGAGUCUGUUUAUUCAGAGCAGCUGAAAUGUAAGACAGUAGUCUGGUCCUCUGUGUCUGUGAAGAAAAUCAGGUACCUAUUUUAAGCAGCGUUUUUGAAAACUAACAGCAGGGAUAAAUCACUUUGUCUGAUGACAUAAUGCCCCCUAUCAUUUCCCACAGAAAUAUUUAUUGAUGAGUUGCGAGUUAAGCGUAGUGUUAGGUUUUAGCAAAUCAACCCAUUUGUUUUUGCAAUACACUGAGACACUCUUUGUACAUGAAACCCAUAAGUAAACCUUACCUUUUAAUAGUAAUGUCACUUAUGGGUUUCAUAUGCCUGUAUGUGUCAUGGUUGUUAUGUUUUCAGGAUUGCAUUAGGUCACAACUCUGGAGUUUGUGUGUUGUGUGUGUUUGUGUGGGGAGCUGGCUUUAAAAAUGGAAAACCUGCCACUAAUUCUUCAUUUUAUUUAUUUUUCUCUCUCCCAUCUAUAGUCUGUACUUGUAGCAACCGUGAUAAAUGGUGUUUGUGUGUGCUGAGGCACAAUUGUGUAUCAGGACCUGAUGAAUGCACAGGGUUUAGAUGAUAAUAAAAGCAACAGCUGUACAAAAUAGUGCCAUCCAAUACAACAGUACUUCAGACUGCAGCCAUAACACAUUCCCUUCGAUUCAGUCGCAAUAAAACUGACCUUUACCCAUAAA